GAGGAAGCUAACGCUAUGACAAUGGCUUGCUCAGUCGACUUGUUCAUAGGUGUUACGGAGGCCCCUACAGUGCCCUCUAAGCCUUGAGCGACCACGAUAACAUCCCCUUUCGCAGGGCCGCGAUGCUGGACAUAUCCAAUUUACAAUACAUUUCGAACAAACGAUAUGUUAAACAUUUGUAAUAUCCCUUGGCAAUAGGCGACUAGGGCUACGGCACAGGUCCAUGUCCAGCAUGGCUGCUAGUACUGCUAUGGAGGAUCUACGGCAGCAGCUGGAGGCGCUGGUGGAGCAGCUGUCACGCCUGGCGGACGCCAAGAGGAUGUACGGCAGUGUACGAACCACCGGAUCCGCUGUUGGAUCCUCACGUUUAAAAAGCACCAGCGGCGAAGGCACCGCCCGCAAGCAGCCGGAGCACAGCCGUGCGAGGGGAGGUGACAAGACUGGCCUGCAAAGCAGCCCGCCUGCCAAAGCCCAGGAUAUUAAUAGGGAGGAUGUCGGAGGCGAUCCCCGCAAGACGGGGUUGGAGGAGCAGCAGCAGGAGG